AUGUACGACUGGUGGUUCGGUUGGCAAACGACCAAAUCUGCUCGCUAUAAAUUGUGGAAUCCCGUUGCGCAUCAAUACGCUUACCGCAAACCAGAUUCUGAGGAGUGGUCUAACAAGACCUACGCUGGACGCUACUGGGGAAUGGUCUCUUGGAUUGAUGAGUUUGUUGGUAACUAUGCUGCUAAGCUUAGCAUUGAGUUUAUUCCUCCCUCCGAGCUUGGCGUGGACACCACUAAGACUAUGGUCAUUGGAAAAAUCUUCCUCGGAGAAUAUGUUUCUGAAGGUUUUGGCAGCAUUCCUUAUCUCAUACCCCAGGUCCGCCACAAGUCUGAUGGAUACCGCGAGCUCCGUUCUCUGCUUCUGGAUUGCUCAUAG